CCUGGUCAUUUAGUUAAUUUUUCGUAGCUUGAAAGUCAUAUUAUUCCGUUCUCUACAAAAGUUUCCACCGAAAUGGAAGGAAAAUCUGUACUGAUAAAGCACAAGGGUGGUUGUCAUUGCGGAAAAGUUCGCUUUGAAGUCAUGGCGCCCCAGAAUCUUCGAGUCUACGAUUGCAACUGUAGCAUAUGCAUCAAGAAACAGAACAAGCAUUUUAUUGUUCCAAAGCGAAAUCUUGUGAUAACACAGGGUGAAGACAAUCUGGCAUGUUACUCUUUCAACACCCACCUGGCAAAACACUUUUUUUGUAAGUCCUGUGGUGUGCAGAGUUUUUAUGUUCCUAGGUCAAACCAGGAUGGGUAUGGGGUCGCACCUCAUUGCUUGGAUGAGGGGACAGUUGGAAAUAUUGUCACUGAGUUUGUAGAUGGAAAGAACUGGGAAAAAUGGAUAGAGGAAAAUCCUGAUAUUAAAUCAGAUUCAAAAUGAUUAGAUUAGAAAUAGUGGAAUGUAGCAAGUAUAUGGAAGACAGUCAUGAUUCAGAUGAAUUUGGUAAUCUAGUUACAUUUAAUGUUCUAAGUUUUCAGUUCUUUUCAGACAUAUAUGGUAGAUGAUAAGUGUAAACAAAUUCUCAAAACGAAAAAAACACUUUUUUUGUCUGGGCCAAUUUCAUAUCAUCACAGCUUAUAUAUGGUUGGUAACAGACACUACCAGGAGGAAGAACAGAUAUGGCUGGGUAGGUUUUUGAAUGUUUUGGUGGUUUGCUUCAUUCCUAAAUUCCUUACCGUGAGUGAUUUGUUUUUACCAGGGGCAUCUAGCUUUUUUUGUAUAUAUUUAUAUAUUUUUUGUGGGAGGGGCCUGUGGGUGGGGGUGGUUAUUGGAGGGUUGAAUUCCAGUAUUGUGUAAUAUGUUUUGAUCCAUAAUUUUACGGCAUAAAAACACUGAAGAACAGGUGACUAUUUCACCCAAAUAUCUUUUAUCUGUUUUUUUAUACUUGAAAAUGUGGUGAACAUUUUAUUAUAAAAUAUAUCUUAACCCUAGUAAUUAGGAACGAUUUCCAAAUUAUGGUCUAAACACUUGCUCAAUUUCUUACAUAUUACGGUUUUUUCAGGGAGCACACAAAUCAUAAUGUGCAAUUCCAAAAAUUAAUUCUUCUCCCCAAAGAGCAAAUUUCCCCAGAACCUCUCAACGCCAACAUUUUCUGUCCUGGAAAUAGUAUUCGUAAUUGACAUUGUAUGAAAAAAAAACAUUCAUGUUACCUUUUGGGAAAUACAGAGCUAAAGAAUAGAAUUUUCUUGUGUGAGGAGUUUUAGAUAGCCAAAACAAGGACACAACUUUGAAUAAAUAUAUUGUGGGUACAUGUUUAAA